UUUGUCGAGCAGUAUUUUAUUGAAAAUCAUCAUCAUAUUGCUGCCUUAAUCGUUGAGCCUCUGAUUCAAUGUGCCAAUCAGAUGUUUUUUUACGCGCCAGCUUAUUUGCAAGGGUUGGUCGCCUUGUGUCGGCAAUAUGAAAUUCAUGUGAUUGCCGAUGAAAUUGCGGUUGGUAUGGGGCGAACUGGGACGUUAUUUGCUUGUGAACAAGCGGGUAUUUGCCCUGAUUUGAUGUGUUUGUCCAAAGGUAUUAGUGGAGGAACUUUACCUUUAUCUCUGGUUUUGUCCCGAGACGAAAUUUACCAUGCUUUUUUAGGUGAGGAACCCAAGCAAGCCUUUUUACACUCUCACUCGUAUAGUGGCAAUGCCUUAGCGUGUCGCGCCGCUGUCAAAACGUUAUCUUUAUUGUUAGAUGAGGGUGUUUUAGAGAGUGUUUCAAGUAAAGGCAAUAAAAUCAAAAUGUUAAUUUCUAAUGCAUUAUCAGGCAGAGCUGUGAAAAACCUAAGGCAAUUAGGGAUGAUCAUCGCAUUUGAUGUGAUAAAUGCCCCACCUGAUUUUGCACAACGCUUUUUUCAAAUAGCCUUAACGCAUCAAGUGAUGAUUCGCCCCAUUGGUGACACCGUUUAUAUUAUGCCCAGUUAUCUGAUAACGGAUUGUGAAAUUGAAAUUUUAAUCGAUGGGAUUGUUAAAACUUUGCAGGAGAUAGGUACGGAUACCGAAAUUGGAAAAACAUGGGUAUCAGCUUCGCUGUUAUAUGCUUUAAAGCAAGCAGGUGUUGAUUGUAUUGGUAUGAAGCCAGUGGCGAGCGGUGCGCAAAAAAUUUCUGGACAAUGGGUUAACGAGGAUAGCUCUUUACAUUUAUGGGCGUGUCGUUUACGUAAUGCGCCCAUUGAUCUGAUCAAUCCUUAUAUUUUUGAGGAGGCGAUAGCUCCACAUAUUGCUGCGGAACAUCAAGGCGUUAAAAUUAGAAAAAGUGUUAUUUUGAAUGCUUAUGUUUAUUUAAAGAAGAGUUACCCACGUUAUUGUGUGGUGGUCGAAGGCGCUGGUGGGAUUUUAGUGCCUUUGAGUGCAAAAUGGAAUAUGGCCAAACUUGCCCAAAAAAUGGAACUACCCAUUGUGUUGGUGGUUGGGAUUCGGUUAGGGGCAAUUAACCAUGCUUUAUUGUCUUACGAGCUGAUUUUGCAGAAAAAUUUACCUUGGGCAGGGUGGGUGGCUAAUGUGGUGGACGCAAAUUUAUCGGCUCAUCGGUCUUUACUGGAAAGUCACCUAGCCUUUUUGCAAGCUAAAAUGGGCAAACCAUUGGCG